AUGGUGAUUCCAGAAACAGAACAAGAAGAAGGAACUGUGUUUGGCUUUGAUCAAAAAGUGGAACCUUUGGAAGGUUAUGACGCCACGUUCAACCAAUCCGACGCUUUCUACGAGGUGCUUACCGUGUGCAUUUACGAGAAGUACGAUCUGGGCAAACGUUUUCCGCUUGCUGGACCACCAUCAUACCUUUUUCCGCUGUAUAUGCAAUUACGACCGAUGCAACUCUCACACCUCUCUCCACGCUUUUCUUCACGGUGUCCAGCAGGACCAUCAGUGAUCACAAGUGGAUCGCUUCCGAUUAAUCGAGAAAUUGCAUUUCUUGGCUUAUACUUAAUUAGACACCCAUAUAUUUUCGCGUUCACGUGUUUGUACUUGUCAUAG